AUGCAAUACGUGGGAAAAGUCGGUGGUUAUGUUUACAACCAGUGGAACUCGUUGAACCCAGCUACUUUAUCGGGAGCUAUUGAUGUCAUUGUAAUUGAACAUCCUGAUGGUACUCGAUACACGUCACCGUGGCACGUUCGUUUUGGAUUACUUCAGAUUAUCAAACCAUCGCAAAAGAAAAUUGAUUUGUAUGUGAACGACGUCAAGACAAAUUUACCUAUGAAGUUAGGAGAAGGUGGAGAGGCCCAUUUUGUUUUUGAAGUGAAUGACACGGAUCAUGAAUUGUCACAUAGUGUAUUGACAUCGCCAGUGAUUUCUCCAGUGUCGUCACCCUUGAGCACGCCAGCCAACAGUGAUAACGAGCCCGACGAGCUUGACUUGGAUGAAAAAUCAAAAUUGAGUGAUAUUCCAAGUCCAAGAAGUCCCUCUCAACUGAAAAGAUUGGCAAUUGAAAAUGUUAAAAAGAUUACCCAGAAAUUGAACAUUCCCACGAAGAUAGACAUGAAUGGUGAUAUGCUUAUUGACAUGGAUGGAUACAAACCCAACUCGCAAAAAAAUAUUGACAAUUCGGACGAAUUAUUUAAAAAGAUUCUCUUGGAGGAGAUUGAAGGCGAUUUGGGGGAAAAUUCAGUAAAAGCGUGGAACCAGAUCAUUACAAAGGAUGAAAAUGGUAACAUAAGAAUAUCGAAUGUUUCAGAAGAUGGCGCUGAUUCCGAUGAAGAUAUAAAGCUUCCUCAAACAAGUACCACCUCUUCAUCUAUAACAACUGUUGGCACCUCAUCAUCUGGACAAAGCGACAAGGUCUACUUUAAAACUUUGAGAUUAACAUCUGAACAAUUGCAAAUGAUGAAUUUAAACUAUGGUGUAAAUACACUCAAGUUCAAGUCUCGUGAAAGCUCGUCACAAGUGACUGCAAAUUUGUUUUUAUGGAAAUCAACCACCCCUAUCGUUAUUUCAGACAUUGAUGGAACCAUUACCAAGUCAGAUGCCUUAGGACACGUAUUGAACUUAAUUGGUAGGGAUUGGACACACCCGGGUGUGGCUAGCUUAUUUCAAGAGAUAAACCAAAAUGGUUACAAUAUUCUUUAUUUAACAGCUCGUUCAGUAGGACAAGCUGAUUCGACAAGACAAUACUUGACGGGAGUCAAUCAAGAUGGUGUCAAGUUACCCAGCGGACCAGUAAUUUUGAGCCCAGACAGAACAUUUGCCGCGUUGCGACGAGAGGUUGUUUUAAAAAAACCUGAAGUGUUCAAGAUGGCAUGUCUAUCGGAUAUCAUGCAUUUAUUCUUUGAAGGCGAGGGGACCGUAUUGGACGAAGAUGACGACCAAACUCCUUUCUACGCCGGUUUUGGUAACAGAAUCACCGAUGCGAUAAGUUACAGAUCGGUACACAUUCCGAGCCAUCGUAUUUUUACGAUCAAUCCCGAUGGAGAGGUUCAUAUGGAAUUGUUGGAAUUGGCUGGUUACAAAUCAUCCUAUUUGCAUAUUGGAGAGUUGGUUGAUCAAUUUUUUCCUCCGAUUAGGGUGGUAAGUUCCAUUUCAACAAAUUGGAACAAUGCGCAAUGGUCAGAAUAUGUAAAUAACCACGAAACUAAUGAUGCAUCAGAUGCAAGAUCCAUCACAUCGAUGCGUCUGCCCACACCUGGAUCACCAAAGUCACCUGGAUCACCUCGCAAUUUCGUUGAAGAUUACAAAACUGAUGAAAAGUUUAAUGAUGUUAAUUAUUGGAAGAGCACUUUGAAUUUUGAUGACUUGAGUGAUAGCGACAUUGAGAAAGAUGACUUGGAUUUGAAAAAGAGCGGAUCUCCGAAGUUGAGUAAAAAUGAAAAGUUGCUGCAUCACGAUCAUGAAAAGGAAGAGCAUACUGAUAAUCCCGAGCUUUUGCAAAAGGGAAAGAGGUCAAGAUCGCCUACCUUGGAGCGGCCCCUUUCGGCGGCGUCAUUCACAUCUCCACUUAAGAACUUUAUGAGCUUUAGAAAGAAGAGGGAUGACGAGGAGAGCUAUAAAGACGGAGAAAAAGUUGAUGAAGAUGACUUCACUGAUGAUGAUGAGGAGGAGGAGGAGGAUGACGAAGGCGAUGAUGAUUACACAGAUGAUGACUAUGAUGAUGACGAUUACGAUGAUGAAGAUUACGAGGAGGAGGAGGAGGAUGAAGAGGACAAUGACGAUGAUGAUGACGAUGACGAUGACGAUAACAAUGACGAUGAUGUUGUUGAAGAGGAUGAUGAUGACACAAGUCAAAGCUCCAUCAAGGAUGUCCCCGUGCCAGAGACGAUUAGAGACGAGAUAAUCGAUAGGGGAUCUACCGAGUUUAUCAAAGCCAGUGAUUUGGAAAAAUUGCACAUCUAA